GGACGCUGGCGAUGCAGUAGUACAUGUGAUUGCUUGAGCCAUAUCAUAAACAAGGAACUGGUGAGGCAAAAUGAGGGGAAAUCGAGGCAACGAGCUGCCAGAAGACUUCUGGAUACCCAUCCCGCUGGACACGAACAACAUCACAUCGCUAAGUCCGUUCCUGGUUCCUCAGGACCAUCUGGGGAGCGCAGCCACCUUCUACGGCAUGGCCGGAUUCAUGUUCUUUGUGUUUACGGUCGGCACCGCUAUCAACGCUCUCACCGUUGCUUGCACCAUCCAAUACAAGAAACUCAGGUCCCACCUGAACUACAUCCUGGUGAACUUGGCGGUGGCAAACCUACUUGUGUCUUGUGUGGGCUCGUUCACUGCCUUCUGCUCUUUUUCGUCAAGAUAUUUCAUCUUUGGAGCGCUGGCAUGCAAGAUUGAGGGUUUCCUGGCGACACUUGGCGGUAUGGUAAGCCUUUGGUCUCUUGCUGUGAUUGCCUUUGAACGGUGGCUGGUCAUCUGCAAGCCGCUUGGGAACUUUAUUUUCAAGCCCGACCACGCCUUGGCAUGCUGUCUCUUCACUUGGAUCUUUGCGCUAAUUGCUUCAGCGCCUCCGUUAUUCGGAUGGAGUCGAUAUAUCCCUGAAGGCCUGCAGUGCUCCUGCGGUCCAGACUGGUACACCACAAACAAUAAAUACAACAAUGAGUCCUACGUGAUGUUCCUCUUUGGCUUCUGCUUUUCCGUUCCCUUUGCCACUAUCGUCUUCUGCUACGCUCAGCUGCUCAUCACACUGAAAAUGGCAGCAAAAGCCCAGGCGGAGUCGGCCUCCACUCAGAAAGCAGAGCGGGAGGUGACCAGGAUGGUGGUCCUCAUGGUGUUUGGCUUUCUGGUGUGCUGGUUGCCCUACGCCUCCUUUGCUCUUUGGGUUGUCAAUAACCGUGGGCAAACCUUUGACCUACGACUGGCCACCAUACCUUCCUGCUUUUCAAAGGCCUCCGCAGUCUACAACCCUAUCAUCUAUGUCGUCUUUAACAAACAGUUCCGUUCAUGCAUGAUGGGUAUGAUGGGAAUGAGUAGUGGUGAGGAAGAGACAUCAACGUCAACAACGUCAGUGACUGAAGUCUCCAAAGUUGGGCCUGCUUAGACCGUGGACGUCUUCAUUUGUAUGCCACUAAUGAGUUGUGUGAGUCAGUUGUAAAUAACUACAAAUGCAUGUUUUCGCAUAUUAAAAAAAUCAAAAAAAUCAUUAUAAUAAAAAAAUUCUUUAGCAAA